GUCUAUUUUGAGACACGAUUUCUGAAGAUACACUGUAAAAUAACUUGAUAAAAUUAGUUGGCCAUCUUCCAUUGAUGCUCAAUUAUUGGAGCGAUUGUCUUGGCUCGACAAACUCAAGUUUCAGCGAUCUACUCAGCGAGCUGCUUCUGCUGACCUGAUUCUUCUGACCUGACCCUCACCUCCACCGUCAAAAUUUAACAAAGAUGCCGAGCAACCGCUCUCUUUGGCAGGAUGAGCCUGACCCUAUCGAGCUCGAGGAUCGCAAGCUUCUGAUCAAGGUUCAUGCCUGGGCUAUGAAUCCUUGCGAUGCAAUACUCCAGGACAAGUCGUUGCCCUUCAUCAAGAAUCCAGCUAUCCUCGGCCAAGACAUUGCCGGCACCGUCGAGGCUGUUGGAUCUACCGCCGCCACCAAGUUCAAAGUCGGAGACAGCGGUUUCGGUUUCCCCUUGAACAACGACCUCCAGGACUGCGUCGUUCUUGACCACACUGUCACGGCCAAAAUCCCCGGCUCGAUAUCUUACCGCGACGCUUCCGUUUUCUUGCUCUGUAUCUUAACCUCCUGUUUUGCUCUUUUCGGGAAAGCCUACCUGGCUUUAUCUUUCUCUACCGUCAACUCUGCGACCGUGAGCAAUGGCAAGUCUCUCUUGAUAUGGAGAGGAAGCUGGGCGGCUGAUAGCAACUCUAUCCAAAUAGCCAAGGCCUCCUCCAAAAGCCUCGGCGCUGACAAAGUCUUCGAUUACAGCAACCCCACUGUUGUCACCGACAUGGCUGCCGGGAAGAUAGCCGAGGCUUGCCAGGUCUCGUACGAGUCCAAGAAAACGCUAUUCGUUGCAUCUCCGAGCCCGAUCAUGCCUGGAGAUGCCCGGGGGUGUCGAGGCGAAGAUUACAUUCUCCCUUUUGGUGGAUUCCUGACGGUAGCUUUGGCUAAAGGGUGGUACAAGGUCGCUCCGCCACCGGAGGUUGUGUCGGUGAAGGGUAUCCAGGGUAUUCAGCGCGCAUUGGAUAUUUUCAAGAGGGGGUUUCGGUCAAAAAGCUUGUCUUUGAAGCUGCCAUAUUUGCCAAAUAAGGAACUCGCGAUCUCUGCGUCUCCUUGGAAAGAGAUGGAUACCCCGAGAAUCUGUCAUGAUGCCGCAUGUGGGAUCCAACAUAUGCCACUUCAAUAUCGUAUGACGAUUGACGACUGA